AUGGGUAAAGAAAAGUUUCACAUCAACAUCGUGGUCAUUGGCCAUGUCGACUCUGGAAAAUCGACCACAACUGGUCAUCUUAUCUACAAGCUUGGAGGUAUUGACAAGCGUGUCAUUGAGAGGUUCGAGAAGGAAGCUGCUGAGAUGAACAAAAGGUCAUUCAAGUACGCCUGGGUGCUUGACAAGCUUAAGGCCGAGCGUGAGCGUGGUAUCACCAUUGAUAUUGCCUUGUGGAAGUUUGAGACCACCAAGUACUACUGCACAGUCAUUGAUGCCCCAGGACAUCGUGACUUUAUCAAGAACAUGAUUACUGGAACCUCACAGGCUGACUGUGCUGUUCUCAUCAUCGAUUCUACCACUGGUGGUUUUGAAGCUGGUAUCUCCAAGGAUGGCCAGACCCGUGAGCAUGCUCUUCUUGCUUUCACCCUUGGUGUGAAGCAGAUGAUUUGCUGCUGUAACAAGAUGGAUGCCACUACUCCCAAGUACUCCAAGGCAAGGUACGAUGAAAUCGUGAAGGAAGUCUCAUCCUAUCUGAAGAAGGUUGGGUACAACCCAGACAAAAUUGCCUUUGUUCCCAUCUCUGGGUUCGAGGGUGACAACAUGAUUGAGAGGUCCACCAACCUUGACUGGUACAAGGGACCAACCCUUCUUGAGGCUCUUGACUUGAUCAAUGAGCCCAAGAGGCCCUCAGACAAGCCCCUCCGUCUACCACUUCAGGAUGUGUACAAGAUUGGUGGUAUUGGAACUGUGCCAGUGGGCCGUGUUGAGACAGGUAUUAUCAAGCCUGGUAUGGUUGUCACUUUUGGACCAACUGGGCUCACCACUGAAGUUAAGUCUGUUGAGAUGCAUCAUGAGGCCCUUCAGGAGGCACUGCCUGGUGACAAUGUCGGAUUCAAUGUUAAGAAUGUUGCUGUGAAGGAUCUCAAGCGUGGUUUUGUUGCAUCUAACUCCAAGGAUGAUCCCGCCAGGGAGGCUGCCAACUUCACAUCCCAGGUCAUCAUCAUGAACCACCCUGGUCAGAUUGGCAACGGAUAUGCUCCAGUUCUUGAUUGCCACACUUCCCACAUUGCUGUGAAGUUCGGUGAGAUCCUCACCAAGAUUGACAGGAGGUCUGGUAAGGAGAUUGAGAAGGAGCCCAAAUUUUUGAAGAACGGAGAUGCAGGUAUGGUGAAGAUGCUUCCCACCAAGCCCAUGGUUGUGGAAACUUUCUCUGAGUACCCUCCAUUGGGUCGUUUUGCUGUCCGUGACAUGCGUCAGACCGUUGCUGUUGGUGUUAUCAAGAGCGUGGAGAAGAAGGAUCCCAGUGGUGCCAAGGUCACCAAGUCUGCUGCCAAGAAGAAGUGA